GCGCUACUCAUGCUGCACGAUUUGUGUUCCAUAUAAUUUUUUUGUUCGCCUUUCUCAAUAUUUAAAUUGCAGAUCGUUUCGUAUAUCUUAUCAGCGCACAAAUGUCAUAACUGAUUUUGGCAUGAGAUUUUAAUAACAUUCACAAAAGAGAUUUUCUGAUGAAAUAAUGGGUAUUGUCCACGCUAAGGGACCUAGUAAUCCUUCAGGUUUAGGUCAAUCACUUAGGGAAGAUAUAUCUGCAACUAAUCGCAAUGAGUCAUCAAGGAAUGCAAUGGGUGACAUUCCAUCAUUUUUCGACAAGUCUCAAUACAAGGAUGAAGAAUCUAAACAGACGAAAGUCAUUAAUUUACAAAGUGUAAAGGCAAGAGUCGACAAGAUACAUGUUGAUGGGCUUAAACGAACAAAAGAUGACAUAAUCAAGUCACAAGUGACCGACUUAUUUAAGGCAAAAAAUUUCGAAGAUGUUAUUAUACGCGCUUACAAAGUACGGGAGAAAUUGGAUGCUUUAGGAUGCUUUAGAAAUAUUGGAGUUUGCAUCGACACUAGCCAAGGUUCUGAAGCCACCCCUGAUGGUGUUGAAGUUACGUUUACGGUACGUGAAAUGAGGCGUUUGACUGGUGGUAUUAGCACAAUGGUUGGAAACAAUGAGGGAUCCUUGAUUAUCGGUGCGAGAGCGCCAAAUCUAUUUGGAAGAGCAGAACGCAUCCAAAUGGAAUACUCUCACGGUAACAAAAGUUCGAUCAACUUCAAUGUAUCUGCCAUUAAACCGUUUCCACAGAGCUUGUAUAAUGCAGUAUUAACUGGUACUAUAUUUAGCACAACACAUGAUUUUCCAUGGUCUGGCUUUAAGCAAAACGAUAAGGGACUGCUUUUUGAUAUGGAGCUCAAUCAAACAGGCACAUCUAAGCACAACAUACAAUAUGAAGCUGCAUUUAGGAACAUAACUUGUUCCAAACAGGCUGCCUUUCGUGUUAGGGAACAGUGCGGCCCAAAUUUGAAGUCUGCAAUAAGAUAUAUCUGGACAAUAGAUAAAAGAGACUCUCCUAUAUUUCCCAUUACUGGAAGCCUUAUGCAGUUAAUAACAGAAAUGGCUGGACUAGGUGGUGACAUAGGUUUUUUGAAAAACGAAGUUAUUGUACAGAGUAACUGGUCGCCACACGAGUACCUUACGGUCCAGCUAGGCCUCCAAUCUGGCUUGUUGAGUGCAAUUAGUAACGAUAUGAAAGUAAGCAUCGCUGAUCAUUUCUUUUUGGGUGGUCCGCUGAAUGUUCGAGGAUUUGACAUGAGAGGAUGCGGACCUCGUUGCGACGGAAAUGCUGUUGGCGGCGAGGUGUAUUGGGCAGCCGCUCUUCAUGUGUACACGCCGCUUCCGUUCAGACCUGGUCGUAAAAGUUUCGGAAACUUAUUUAGGCUACAUGGUUUCAUCAAUGGUGGUAAUCUGUCCAAUUUCACAUUUACGUAUGGUAAUCUCUACAAUGAAAACGUAAAGCUUUUCACAGAGAAUGUUCGUUGUGCCGUCGGCGGAGGUCUCGCAAUGAAUCUGCAAAACAUUGCCCGCAUAGAAUUGAAUUUAGUUGCACCAUUGUUGUUCACGAGACGUGAUGUGCUCCAACAAUUUCAGUUCGGUAUUGGUGUGCGGUUCCUUUAAGGACUUCUCACGUUUUGAUAGUCUACAUAUCUUACAUUAUUUUCCACGCGAUGAGUUUCGUCUGAAAUGUAAAUGAUAAUAGUGUAAAUUUAUUUCUGUCACGUCUGAGACGUCACAGAGAUUUUGAAUGUAUUUAUUUGCAAUAAAGUCGAAUGGUAUCCAUUAUC